GGAGGUUGUUAAUGGGAUUUCUCUCCACGCUGCAUCACCUGAGGACAGUUGGACAGUGAGUGAGCCGUGGGGCGUCUGGAGGCUGGAUGGACAACAUGUCUCCACAACAGCAACAGGAAAGCCUCAGCCGAGGCGGCGGACAGCAGGAAAACAAACGGCGCAUGAAGUCUCAGAGUUAUCGCCGCCAGUCCGCCCCGUCUCUGGUCCUCACCAAGGCUCUCACCAGGUCCAAGACUCUCUCCAGAGAGAGCUUCCUGGUUCCUGUGUGCCCAGAGACCUGCCCAUUGGUCCAGUCCUUCCUCACCGGCUCUAAUAGGUCGUUUCUUCUGCACGGACACGCUCAGUUGAAGACAGGGAUGCAGACUCAGGACAGACACCUCUUUCUGUUCAACGACAUACUGGUGAUUGCCAAAGCCAAAUCAGCUAACCACUUCAAGCAGAAGGCCCAAGUGUGUGUUCGGGAGAUGUGGACGGCAGGCUGCAUGGAUGAGGUGUGCGAGGGAAGCACGAACCCAGAGAGAAGCUUCGUCAUGGGCUGGCCCACCUGCAACUGUGUCGCUACGUUUAGCUCUGCAGAACAGAAAGAAAGAUGGCUCUCCCUCCUCAAAAGUCGGAUAAAAGAAGAGAAAGAGAGGGAAGAACCUAAAACCAUUCCUCUGAGAGUGUACGGGAAGGGAAUCAAUACUUUCGCGGUUACCAAAACGCUGCCUGUCAGCAACUCCGAUUCAACCAAUGAGGUGGUCCGGCUGGCCCUGCAGCAGUUUGGCAUCAUAGGAAAUGUGAAAGACUUCCAGCUGUGGGUCAUCUCCAAGAGGGACAACACCCCUUAUCCUCUAAUUGGUCAUGAGUUUCCCUUUAGUAUCCAGAUGAGUCAUGUGAGGCUCACCAUGUCUCAUGGAGGCGGCGGCGGCGGCGUCUGCACGGAUGCUGCUGCACCUCCUGCGGACAGACAGAGGGCCAUGCAGGUGGAGCAGCUGCAGGUAUACAAGCAGUGCCAGUUCAUCAUGAAGCCUCGACCCGUUGAAACACUACAUGUAUCUGCAGAGUUGUCUCAGAAGCCAUUUAAAAGGAGGCGUUCCCUCAUCACCUGGGCCUUCUGGCGAGGCUCCUCCUCUCACCUGAAUGAAUUAUCCCUCGCCAGUGCGGCGCACGGCUGCCUGUUCGGCCAGCCGCUCAGCAGUGUUUGUGUAGAGGACGCUCUGCCAAAGCCAGUCAUGGACAUGCUGGCGUUUCUGUACCAUGAGGGUUCGUGGACGCGGGGCAUCUUCCGUCGGCCAGCGGGGGCUCGGUCUGUCAGAGAGCUGCGGGACUCUCUGGACUCCGGAGAGUUUAAACUUCCUCUGUCAAGAGACAACAUCUUUAUCAUUGCCGGAGUCUUUAAGGAGUUCUUGCGCAGCAUCCCAGGCAGCUUGUUGUGUUGUGAGCUGCAUGAAGAGUGGAUGGAUGUGCUGGAGGAAGAAGAGGAGGAGGAAGAACAAGUGCAGGACAUACUGAGGAUGAUUGGUCGUCUGCCCAAAGAAAACGCCUUGCUGCUACGCUACCUGUUGGCCAUGCUGCUCGGUAUCCAGGGCAACGCCCACGAGAACCAGAUGACGAGUUUCAAUUUAUCGGUGUGCAUCGCUCCCAGCAUGCUUUGGCCUCCUGGAGCGCCUGGUAGCCCUGAGGUGGAGGGAGAAGGAACUAAGAAGGUUUGUGAGCUGGUGAAGUUUAUGAUCGAACACUGUCAGCAGAUUCUGGGAGAGGAUCCCUCCGCCCUGUUUGGAGGGCCGCCACAAAGACCCAACACUGAUGAGUUCGGAUCAGAGUCCUGGCAGUACCCUCUGACUGACUCAUCCUACGACAGCCUAGAGAACGAGUUAGACAACAGCAGCGGUGGGUCACCAGGCUACUGCAGUAGAAGGCCCCUUAGACCCAAACCACUACAAGGCAGCCUGGACUCCAUCCUCACAUUCAGCGACUACGACCAGGACACAGACCCCAGAUGCACACCAGACCCAAGUGAGAGUCUGCAGGGUCUAAAGUUGCACCCGCUGGGGAGAACCAGAGGCAGGAGACAAGACCCAGAACUCACCAGCCCUAGCCAAGAUGCGUUGGCAGCGGACACCUCACCCAACCUGGACUCGCUGUCCCUGGAUGGUCGGCACAGACGACGGCGGCGUUCAGAGCCGGCUAUAGCAUACAUGGCCAAGUUUCGGCCAUGCGUUUCAGGGAGCACCGACGGUCUAACAGGUGAGGAUGAAGACGGUGAAGAAGAAGACUGUGAAGAAGACCUUUCCAACUGCCACACACUCGCUAACGCACACUUCCGAGGUCAGACCGCGUUAAACCUGCAUGGUUUGAGGUCACCAGCUAUGGAAGCGAGCUCCUCCAGCCUCUCCUCUAACCCCACCUCCCCUGCACCAACCCGCUCCUCCCUGGACUCUCUUGACUCCCUGCAGUCCCUCAGCACUGGUCACACCUGGGCAACGAGACGGGGGCAGUACCCAACCAAGACAAAUCUGCCCUACAACCCCUCCUCUGCAUCUGUUCCCUCUUCUUUCCCCUCAGCACCCUCCACCAUAAGCUCUGCUCUGACCUCCGGCGGACAUCCAGACCUGGGGACUUGUGCAAAAGGCUCCCCACCUAAAGAACCACACACUUGGGGGACCUUAAAAGGCUGUAUAGGCCUCCACCCAAACUCUUGGCUCAAGAAAGGCCGGAGGCUGUCACUAACCCAACAAGAUAACUUGGAGAAGGAUGAAGAGGACCAGACUCGGGGGGAGAAGCCGCUCGGGAAACUCGUCCCAGAGAAAGUAAAGGCAGGCGAAAGGGGAGGAGGGAAGCUGAUCUCCAGCAGCCAACCCAAGUCCAAAACAUCCUGCAGAGCCUCAAAAGAUGCAGGAGGAGAAGGGGGGGGGCACGUUAGAGGGAGGCCUUGCCAGGAGCCGCAGAAGCCCCGACAUCUUACACGAGACUCCUCCAGCCCCCCUUCCCACCACCGCUCUACAGGGAGUCUCCAAAUUCCCAAAUCCCCCUGGUUUCAUUCCGCAAACUCCCCGCUAAACAACAGGCAGCUCAGCUAUGCUGCCAACGCCGGCGGUGACAUCAGCGAUCACAGGAGCGCAGCAGAAAGUGAACAGAGUGAGCCGAAGAAGCCAGUCCCAUCCCCGUCUUUAUUUUACAAGCACAGCGGGCCAUCUCUGUCCCUGUUCAAGCAAAAGAAGUCUCACUCCGUCGAGGAGGAAUGCAACGCCAAGCUCUACCAGCGGCGGGGGUCAGAACCCGGACAGCAGGUUGUGGACCAAACCUCCACCCUCACACGGGCAAGGCUGCCCAGCGACCCAGGACUGAAGGUUACCGAGCCGGAUUCACAGGGAGGGACAUCAGAGGCCCGUUUCUGGCUUUCCCCCGUAGCCACCAAAGCAGUGAGGGAUUACUUCUCCUCUCACCCUCGCAGUAAUCCCCAGAGCAGCCAGCAGGUGGCGCACGCCCUGGUGGAGAGCCGCAAAGAAUGGCUGAAGAGAUGCAGUGAUCCCAAAGCAGAACCAGACUUCGACCAGCUUCUGUUUUCUGAAGAAUCCUACGUCUGAUACUGAAUGUAACCUGGAGAAACACUACAUUAGAUAAAUGCAUCACUUAACUAAAUACAUGACGUCACUGCUGUUAAGAAUAAAUUAGUUAUUAUACUCACCACCUUAAAAGUUACUGCUUUUCGGUUUCAUUAAAUGUGCAGAGCUCAAUCAUGCAAUACAUUUUGCCUAAGUCUGUAACAGGACUUGAAAUUAAAUAGGUUUGCUGAAAUAGAAGAAACAGGAAGAAUAGUUUCUCACAUGACUAGGUAGAUUAAAAAAACAAAACAAACAACUACUAUUUUAAACUUUGCCUAGAGCUUAUUGCCAUUAAGGGAAUUUGUUUUUGCUUGAAUGUCCUCAAGGCUGGAUUUACACAGAAGGAAUACUACUAAUAACCUUAUUUAUAUAAAAAAUAACAUGUUUCACAGUCUCAACAGAUUUUUAAACUAUCAGGCCAAAAGUUUAAACCUGCCAAUUAAAACUACCUGUUGUUGCCUUCUUUCAUCAUAAAUACAAUCUCCCUUUAGUGACUGGUCAUUGGAUAACUUACAUGAGCUGAGUUCUAAAGAAAACACAUUUGCUUUAGGUUUAACUUCAAGAUUUCUGCUCGUACUGCAGCAUUAUGUUUGGACACAUACAUCCGCUUUAUGCUGUAAAAGUACAGCCUAAACAGAUUAUGGUAAAAGUACAGCAACUCCUACAAUGCAUGUUCAUAUGCAGUUGUUUCACAUUUUACUCUUAGACAUUUCCAAGCAUGACAGCUAAAGCACAGUGAAGAAAUGGUAAAGGAUUGUUUUCAGUUUCAACACUGAUAUUAAGUAGGACGUAAACUUUACUGUUUUCGCCCUGCACUACUUUUUAAAACAAUAUGACGUCACUCUGUUUUCCUGCAUUGGUACUCUAUUAAUAAAUGUACUCAAUAGUUACAUUUGAACAUAACAGGAGAUAUGGGAUAUAAUUAGAAAAUGUGUUUUAAUUUAAUUUGGCCUGUAGUGUAAAUGCAGCCUGGGUACACACUGUACUUUGCUUUUUACACCACGUCAGAGUAUUUUCGGAGUAGUCAUUUCACAACAAAACUGUUUUUAUAAUAGCUCUUACAACGAGGAUUAUAGAUUCAGAGCCACUUCUGCAUUUAACGGUUUUAAAAUAUACACAAGCUGAGUUUUGUAGAUUAAGGAGAUGUAAUUAUUCACUAUUUACACUUUUCAUGCAUAUUAAGAACUUUAACAGCUGUUCUGACGUUUGUGCUGCUUUCUGCCAACUAGUGUCUACGGAGGUAGUGGAAUAACAUCCAACUGACUUCUCUAGGCAACACACCGAUGUAGUGAGUCUUUGCUCUUUAAAUAUUUGGUCAUAAAAAGCAUUAACUGUUCUUUAAAAGUAUUUUCUACACAACAUGCAUUCCAAAUGCUUCUCGGCACUAUCACUUAUGUCACAAGCGUUGCAGCACCUACAUGCAGUAGGUAUGAUCCUUGUUUUCCAUUUGUUGCCAACAAUGUGGUUUUCACACAAGCCUGUAUUGACUGAAUUAAUCACACGCGUGCUGUCCCAAUAUUUCUAUUAUGUAAAUAUGUUUUUAAAGCUUUAUAUUUUAUGCAGCUGAAACCUUUAGGCCACAAGACUGUUGCUUUAUUAUACUUUCUAUGCCUCGUUUCUAUGUAAAAUGUAUUCACACGCUGUAUAAGGCUAAAAAUCUGCAUUUGCAAAUAAAAUGAAUUUGAUGCAA